AGUAAGAGAUGUUUGUUGUUACAGGAAGUACAGAUACUAAAGGCUCUGAUACUGGGAGAGGAGGAAAGGGGCCAGAGUCAGUAUCAAGUGAUGUGUUUUGUCUGCCACAUUGAUAAAAAUGAAUUCAUAUCUGCUGAUGCAAUGUCGAAGCUGAGACAGGUAAAUAUACAAAAAUGCAUUACAAAAAUCCCUGGUACAAUACGGACACCAGAAGAGGACAGAGGGCGAGAGAACUUCACAAUGGAUUUGUUUGUGGAUGUGCCGCGGGCUGCCGUCAUCUCAAAACAUGUACCAGUACUGUGUGCUGAGGCGGGUGAUGCUACAUACACUCGCAGAGUUGAUAUUGACCUCUGGAGUCAACUGCCAGGUGCAUCAAAGACUUCUCUGCUGAGUGCUGUCAGAGAAUACAAUGGACUGGUUCCUCCCCCUGGCAGGUGUCAGGAGACACACUCCCCUUGGCAGCCCUGCACCUGUCAUCUGGAGCUGUGUAUCGGGUGGUACCCCUGUAGUCUGAAAUACUGCCGAGGCUCGGCCAGGGGCGCCAACUAUCGUUGCGGGAUCCGAACCUGCCGUAAGUGUAACCUGUUCCUCUACUACGUGCGCCAGAAACAACUCUGCCUGUGGGACGAAUGACCUUCGGACUAGUGCAGAGUGCAACAACAGUUCUUUGGAAACGGGUGCAAAGUUUGAAUUUUCUUUCAAACUUUUUAGAGGAUCGUAACAAAAACAUAUUUUUAAAUAAUUUGAUUUGGCAUUAGUGACUUUAUAAUAAUUAAAGUAUUUGACCUUCACUCAUUUUACAAUUGUUUUUGGUAAAAAUGUAUCAGAUGAAUCUCAUCACAGAUGCUAAUUAAUUAUGGAGAAUAAUGUGUUGUCAAAUGAGCGGACUUGUCUUCUUCCAUGACGUGAUAAUUAUAUGAUCUGGUGUAAGUAAAGUAACUGAAACAGUGUAUUCAUUUUACAGAACAUGUUUUAUUAUUUUUGUAGUGUAGAAACAUUGCUAUUGUUAUAUGUAAUGAAUAUUAUGUUUAAAUUUUGCCAAACAAACAGAGUAAAAGAAUUAUAUACUAAUUAAUGUCUUGUGCUAGUAAAGAGAGAAUGAUAAAAAUGUCAUGUUUUCAUAAAUCACUAAAUGAAAUGAUGAAAACACAUUGAAAGUCAUCUUAUUUUAUUGUAAGAGGAAAAGCUGCUGAUUGAAUUUGCUGGUAAAAGUAUCAAAAUAUUAUGUAAUGAAUGAAAUAUUGUUGUGUUUUUAAUUUUAAGCAAUAACAUUGCUUAUAAAGUGUUUUUCAGUUUUGUUCCAAUUAAUAAACAUUAUAGAUUAAGUUAACAAUUUCAAAAGAUAAUUAGUGAAAACAAGAUUAGUCUAAUUAGUUUUGUAUUAUGUUAAGUUAAUUGAAUUUCUGAAUGGAGUUAUAUUGUAAACAGAAGGAAUCGGGCUUUCUCUGCUCAGUGUUUUAAAACACCCAAGCGUGAAAUUACGUUUCCUGAGAAAUUAUGCUUUACACAUGCUUUAAAAUUCUUAACAAGUAAAUAAGCUAUCAUAUUAUUUUUGGUAUUGUAUUUUCUUUUUUUAAAUAAUAAUGGCUGUCUCAAACUAAUGUCUAAUUGUGAUUAUAACUCAUUUAUUUUAAUCCAUAUAAAAAAUAGUUUUUGUAAAUAUUGAACUUUUUCUUAUAUUUUUUAUUCUGCUCAAUUUAUAUUUAAUUUUAAGCUUUAAUGUUAUAUACAGACUUAUUAAUUUAAUUAAAUGUUAUAAAAGUUAUUAUUUAUAUGAACAGAGUUAUUGCUUGCCAAAGUUGUUUUUAGAUUAUACAGGGUAUGUUUAAAACAUUAUACGUCAAGAAAAUCAAACAUAACAGCAAGCACAGCUUGGAAGAUUUUCUCAUUCUGUUACAUAAAACAUGUUUCAUCUCGAUGAUAUUGAGCUUUCAGAGGGUAGAGGAUAUUUGAUCUCAUAUUUCCUAAAGAAUUCUGACCCCCCUCCACUUAUUGGUCUGCUGGAAUCCAUCAGGAAUAUUAACAAAACCUUUGUGGUGACUCGGCCCUACCCCAUCCUGGCCAUUCUACCUCUGGUGUUCUUUGUGAAUUUUGUUAAGGAAUUUAUGAUACGUUUUGUUAGAGCCGUAAACAAUGCAACCUCCACCUUUUAUAUCCUUACUGCCCGGCUCUCAUAAAACGUAUAAACUUAUAUACGCUGAGCGAGUUUUGUACAAAUUUGAAAUUUUGUAAGCUUUGUAAACUCAUGUUGUGUAAGAAAUGCCUAUUCUGACAACUUUUUAAGCGUAAAUGUUCUCUAAAAUCAAUAAGGAAUUGCAGUUCACAAAUAAUAAAUAUAUAAAUAUUCUCAUUGUACUAUAGUUUGAUGCAUAAUUCAAAAUAUUUUUACAGAGCCUAUUCUGUAAUUUCAGAGUUCCCACCAUAUUAGAACCCCAAAAUGUAAGUGCACCCUGAGAUAAGGGUCUUCUAUAAACAAACUGCCACCAUGUAUUGUGCUAUGUUAUGUAUUGUUCCCAUUAUAUGGAUGUAUGUGUACAACAUUAAGUACUCCCUAUAAAUGAAGAUAAAUGAGGCAAUAAUGUUGUAAUAUUAUAAAACAUGUUCAAAAGAAAGUAUUUCAUGUUUUACAAAAAUUUAAGAUUUAAGUUGUUGAUAGUUGCCUCUAUAUCCCAGGGUGCACUGCUGCCUAGUCUAGCUGGUGAUCUACUGUGUAUAUCUAUGGGGCCUUAGCUUGUUCUUAUAAUAGUGUAUUUUCUUAUAUUGUUGCUGCUGAUUGUGGUCACAUUAAAUUUCAUGUGUCUGACUUCAUAAA